AUGGGACAUGAAGGACAUGAUGAUGAUGAUGCUUAUAAACAUCAUUCCACAUAUAAACUGCCCUCAAACACUUUCUUUUGUUUCCACUCAUUAUUCCCCACCCCGGCCGCUACCCAGCACCAUGAACUUGCAUACGAUCUUCACCAUCGCGCUCACCCUGACCCUCACCCUCAAAGCCAUCACCACCACCACCGCCCUCCUCGCCCCCCUCCCCCCUUCCUCAUCGACACCUUCACCCACAAAACCCACAACGCCCUAGGCUUCUGGCAUGGCGCACUGGAAGGCCUGCCCCUCACCCACGGGCCCAACUCCAUCCGCCUCUCCCCCACCGACCCCGACCAAUACUACCACACGCAACUCAGCGCAGCCACAUGCUUCAACCUCAACCCCCACAUCCACACCAACCAGCACCUGCACAUCCACCUCUCCGGAUCCCCACACUUCACCAUCUCCCUUACCCAAAACAAUCCCUCCUGUAACGCCUCCCUCCACCCCUUCCCGGAGACCUGGGACUCGCUCGACGCAUCCCGCUACGCCCACAACAACCACAUCUACAUCCCGCUCUCGCACUUCCACAUCAACUCCUCCCGGACCCUAUCCAUCGCGUUCGGCGGCUUCUAUACGCCCGAGUCUGUGACGCUCUUCCGCGUCGAGAUCGUCGACGCGGCUGCUGUUCCGAAGGCCUUUCCUGUCCCACCCAGGCUGGAUAAUGGGAACGUGGCGUUGAGGUGUUCGAGGCCGGGGGCGUUUGCGUUCGGCAUUGAUGAUGGACAGCCUGGGUUGGCGCAGGAGGUUAUGCGGAUUCUGGAAGAGGAGGGCAUCAUGGUUACGUUUUUUGUUGUUGGCAUGGGGUUGAGGGAUGCGGAGACAAACUUCUCGGCGGUUUAUAGGGAGAUGUUGAGGAGGGGGCAUCAGGUCGCGUUGCAUUCGGAUACGCAUCGGAAGCUGGAAGGCUUGGGGUCGACGGCCGAGAUUGACCGCGAGAUCGUGGAGAACAUCAAGUCGUUUCAACAGAUUCUGGGGAUUGAAACUCGCUACUUCCGUCCCCCGUACGGCACCAUCGGCGCAAGAACCCGACAACGUCUCGCAUACUACAUCAAAGACCCCCAGAUCAUCAACUGGAGCGUGGACAUCGAGGACUGGCUGUGGGCGGGCACCAAGACGCCCGAGAAACAGCGCGAGGCGUUCAUCCGAGACGUCAAGCUCGGCGGAAACCUGGCGGUCAUGCAUUUCCUCAGUCCGACUACCGUGAGCUACUUCCGGGAGAUAAUCCAGUUUGUGAAAAGCAUGAACGCGACCAUCAUGCGGAUCGACCAAUGUCUGGAGGAUCCGAAUAGUCCGCCGUUGAAGAUUUCAGUUCCUUGA